AUGCUAUGUGUUUGUGCAAUUGUGCCUAAAUGGGAUCAUUUGAAAAGGUCAAAACUGAACAAUUAUGAUGAUGUCAUUGAAAGUUCCUCAACCCAAUACUCUUAUCACAAAGUUUUUCCGUCUUUCGGCUUCCACCUAAGGACUCACUUCUCCCCGCUUGGCUGUUAUUGCUUCUCAUACGGCUUCAUCUUCAACCUGUUGAUUUCUCGUGAUAGCAUCAACCAUCAUGGCUGA